GAUUCUAAUGUUUGUCAUCUUUUUAUUAAUCAGCGCUGGAAAAAUGAAUUCCUGACCUGGAAUCCUUCGGACUUCUGCGGGAUCGACAAACUGACGAUCCUAAAGUCACUCGUCUGGGUCCCAGAUGUGAGCAUUGACGAAGACGCCUCGGACACCGGGAGCAUUCGAUCAGAUCCGCUGCUCAUCUUGAUGUCCAGCGGUGAGAUGGUAACGACCACACGCCAGCGCCUGACCUCCACCUGCCAGCUGAACCUCUCGCUGUUCCCGUUUGACGUGCAGCACUGCAACAUCACCUUCUCCUCCACGAGCUAUGACACCAGCUCUUUGAAAUUGGGCCCUGCCAAGAACAGCUCCGUCAUCACAAGUCUGUCCGAUGAGUUCAUGAUCACCCAGGGGGAGUGGAACCUGCAGAACAUGGAGGUCUCCUUGUAUGAUCACAUUAACGGGAACAUCAGCGUCAGCAAACUCAGAUACACGGUCUUACUGAAGAGGAAGCCGAUGCUUUACGUGAUCAACUUGAUCCUGCCGCUCUUCUAUCUUCUCAUCCUGGAUCUGGCUUCAUUCUUCAUCAGUGCGUCCAGUGGAGAGAAGCUGGGCUUCAAAGUGACCAUCCUGCUGUCCAUCUCUGUCCUGCUGCUGAUCCUGAACGACAUCCUGCCCUCAACUGAAGACAAACUUCCAAUGAUCGCCAGCUACUGUGUCUCUGUCUUCACCGUGGUGUGGCUCAGUCUCCUGGAGACCAUGCUGGUGGGCUUCCUCGCAGACUUCUCUGGUCGAAGCUCUUCAGAUCUUCAGCAAGACUCCGCCAGUCGUGAAGAGCCUGAAGAAGUUCUAGAGAAAACGGAGGUUAAACCAGCGGAGAAGGUCCUACCUCUGGAUGGACUGCAGGACCAUCUGAGAGGGAUCCUGAAGGAAGUGAGAGCGGCGCAGCAGGAAGCUGGACGUCAGGACAAACCAAACGCACAGGAAGGACGCUUGAGGAGAACGGCUAAAAUAAUAGACUGUGUCUUCUUUCUCUGUUAUUUCUUAGUUGUGGUCAUAUUUUUCUUAUACUUGUGCAUCAGCUGGAUUAAUUCUUAACCUUUGAGGCUGUUUUUCACAUUCGUCAUUUAUGGAGGAACAUUCUCUCAUUAAAGUUGAAAUCUAAAUAUCACAAAUAAGUCAAAGGUGUUUUACUGAUUUAACAGUUUUUUCAGGAGCUGCAUCCAGAGGACGUCUCCCCUCACCCCCCAUGAAUAAACUGAAGAUGGCGUUCUUGGGACUAAGCAGAAAUGAAAAGUUAUUAAAUAAUAAAUAGAAUAAUUUAACCUUAAAAGUGACAAAGAACAUGAGAAACAGAAAAAAGUGUGAAAAAAUAAAAUUUGAAGUAAAAAACAGAUAAAAAAUUUCCUGAUGGGUGUGGUAUGUUAUGUUGAGAAAAAACAAUAAAUUAAUGAGAAAUAUUUCAACUGAAACAGACUCAUAAACAAAACACUUAAGAAUUGAGAAUAUUUUAAAUCGAUCAUGUUAUAUAUUCUUUUUGUUUUAGUUUAUAAAAUAAGAAAAAUA